GCGAAAUCGCUCACCAACCCACUCCGGCGGAGCCAGAUGGUGGGUGAGGGAAAAAGACAGCUCCUCUUCCCCUCCUAUAAAUGCCCUACCUUCUCCCGCACCUAGUGUCUCAGAUCUCCUGUUGCUCCUACUUUCUUUCGCUCGCUCGCUCUCCGGAAUGGCAUACGAAGGCAUUCUCCUGGGCAUGGGGAAUCCCCUUCUCGACAUCUCCGCGGUCGUCGACGAGGAGUUCCUCAAAAAAUAUGAUAUCAAGUUGAACAAUGCAAUUCUUGCUGAGGAAAAGCAUGUUUCUAUGUAUGAUGAUUUAGCUAGUAAAUACACUGUUGAAUACAUAGCUGGAGGGGCUACCCAGAAUUCGAUUCAGGUUUUGCAGUGGAUGCUUCAAAUUCCUGGUGCAACUAGUUAUAUUGGCUGCAUUGGAAAGGACAAGUUUGGAAAGGAAAUGAAGAAAAAGGCAAAAGAUUCAGGUGUUAAUGGUCACUAUUAUGAGGAUGAGACUGCUCCAACUGGCACAUGUGCUGUCUGUGUUGUUGGUGGUGAAAGGUCUCUUGUUGCCAACUUAUCUGCAGCAAAUUGUUAUAAGUCGGAACAUUUAAAGAAGCCCGAAAACUGGGCAUUAGUUGAAAAGGCAAAGUAUAUUUAUAUUGCUGGUUUCUUCCUGACGGUGUCUCCGGAGUCCAUUCAACUUGUUGCUGAGCAUGCUGCAGCCAAGAACAAGGUAUUUAUGAUGAACCUUUCUGCUCCAUUUAUUUGCGAGUUUUUCCGGGAUGCUCAGGAGAAAGCAUUGUGGUAUGUUGACUAUCUCUUUGGGAAUGAAACAGAAGCAAAGACCUUUGCUAAAGUUCGUGGUUGGGAGACUGAGAAUGUUGAGGAGAUUGCUCUGAAGAUUUCUGCACUUCCCAAGGCAUCUGGGACGCACAAGAGGAUUACCGUUAUCACCCAAGGUUGUGAUCCAGUCAUAGUUGCUGAUGAUGGAAAGGUGAAAACGUUCCCUGUGAUUGUAUUACCGAAGGAGAAGCUGGUCGAUACUAAUGGUGCAGGUGAUGCGUUUGUCGGAGGAUUUCUGUCUCAGUUGGUCCAAGAGAGGAGUGUAGAGGACUGUGUAAGAGCUGGGUGUUAUGCAGCAAAUGUCAUAAUACAAAGGUCAGGCUGCACUUAUCCAGAGAAGCCUGAUUUUGAAUAGGCAUUUUAAACAUUCAUAUAUGAGUAUAUGCCAGAGGCAAACCAUCCUACUCUUUUGCUUCCAUUCUUAUAUCUUUUUUGCUUUAUUUUCCGAGGCUUCUUGCUUGUGUACUACUAUUCUUCUUUGCCAUCAAGGGAUGGCAAUGGCAGCAUGCUCUGAAUUUCCAGAGCUAGGUUCUUACAGUUCCGGUGUAUUGUCCCUAAAGAUGAAUAACAAAGUCGCUCUACUCAUUGUCGUACUGUUGAUAAUUGAAAUU